CGCAUGCUCAGUAUGCACGCCCGUCGAGUUGUGUGUACUGCUGCUUUGCUGUGUUUACUGACGCAGUUUGAGCGUUCGGCUUCUCGAAUUUUGUUGAAAUACAAACUGGACGCCACCUGGCCAUUAGAGCCGUCUAAAUUUGUCGCAUCUGCUCAAGAUUUCUGCACAGCAGUCGACGACGUCAGUCAAGAAGUGUACGUCGGACUGAGAGGACCGGGAAUCCCAUUAUCCGGCCCGGUACUCGUAUUCGGUGAGGACGGAACGUAUCACCGUUCGUGGGGACACAAUGUAGUGGACAUGAUUCACGGUAUGCGAUUGCAAAGACUGGCAAACGGUACUGCGCGGAUUUGGGUUACCGACCUCGGGAAUGGAGCGAUGGGUCACACUGUGAAGAUGUUCAGCACUGACGGAGAUCUGUUGGAGACGAUUGGGACCCCAGGCAAGGCUGGAGUUUCGUUGAAUCCGAUUCAAUUUGACCAGGUAGCUGAUAUUGCAAUUGAUCAAUCUGACUCUCUCUACAUUGUUGAUGGUGAUGGAGGCAUGAACAAUAGACUUGUCAAAUUGGAUGCUAAUCGUAACCUGGCGUGGUCAGUGGGAGUGCGAGGAAGCAAGCCGAGUCAAUUCUACAUACCUCACAGUGUAGAAUUUGACCCAAAUCUUGGCAUGGUGUGGGUAGCCGAUAGAGGCAACAAUCGAACUCAAGCCUUCAAUGCAAGUGACGGCAGUUUUAUUACCGAGUGGACGUGCAUGAGGCCAAAGUCUCCAUGCCACAUUCGUCUCGAUCCAAGUGGACACAACUUUAUUAUGCUCGAUCUUCUGUAUGCAAACAUCUUUGUAAUUCCCGCACCAAAAGACGUCCAGUCAGUGAACAGCUGCCACGUUGUCAGACAGACAGCUAUGUAUCCGAACAAUACUAAACCCCAUGCAUUCUCAAUUAGCAAGACCACUUGGGCAUUGUAUAUUGGUGAAGUGGGUGCAAAUGUGACUCAGAAGUAUGUCCCUUACAGUGGGCUUUCACGGGACAAGCAUUCGGCGAUGUUCACGACUGUUACUGUGUUUGAGCCUUUCUUGUUGUGUCUUUUAUUUGUUGCUUUACUGUUGUGGGUGGUGAGACGUCGGUUAAGGUCAGGGGGGAAACCUCACAAUCAACGGGUUGGACUAAUAGGUGAAACUAUUUGGCACAAGUAGCAUACUGAAACAUGAUAGUUUUCUAGUUUGUGAAUGUUGUUGAUUUUGUGCUGAUCAUGUAGUCAGUUUUCAUGAGCUGCAGUGGCACCCUGUGUAUAUACAAUAGUAAACCCUGGCUUUGGUGUUGUCCACUGGA